UAAGCGUUUAUAGCUUUGCCAAUAUCAAACAAUAUGUCAGUGCAACUGCAUUACAUUCAGUAUUUCCACAUUGGUUUUCAAUGUGUUGAACAUAUUUCCAAACGUAACCUCAGAGUUGCUGCAUUUCUAUUCCAGUAAGGAAGUAAGCGUGUAGGCAAACCAGUUUCUUAAAAAAAGGAUUGUGUGCAAAGAUGACUUCAGGAGUACAGUUUGUUGUCGGGGAUCUAAACAGUCUGAAUAUCCUGUAGUGUUCCAUUCCAAAAAUACUUCAAAAAAGCCUUUGUUUGCCAUUUGGCAGGAAAGGCAACCCGGCCCAAAUCAAACAGGCCUUCUUCUGUGAGAAACAGCCAACCGUAGCAUAUCCAGCUGCGUGUUUCCACUUCGACAACAAAUAAAAUAAAUGAAAAGCUCAAUGUAUGAUCUUGAUAGGAGUGAAAUAUAUUUAUUUAUUUAUUUUUAAUUCAUAAACAAUAUCCGACAUUCUGGGGACAGAAACAAUAAGCUGUGCUUGAAUUCAUAAGCAUAACGGUCUGCAUUGUUAUAACAGAGUGCCCUGGUUCACCUUGAGAACAGCCAAUCCCUCCCUCUUUACCUCAUGAUGGUCACUCUUCCCUCUCUACCCUUAUAACCUCUCCCUCUAAUCUCUAAACGUUUAAAAGACAACGCAUUUUCAGAUGGGAGCAUUGAGAACCUGUUCAUAGACAUUUGACUCCCUUAUUGUUCACACAGCAGUUUGUAGAAUUGGUUUCCGAAAGACACAACUUCCAAAGUCUUGUUUUUUGAACUAUGAAGAUGGAAAGCAACUAUUUGCAUAGUCAUUGCAACCUCAGCAGCAACCUCAACAUGAAGCCGUCAACCCUAUCUCUUGUUUAGUGAGUAGAAAAAAGAUCCAGCAAACAGCAUUUGACACUGAACUCAUGGAGACCAAAGAACAACUCGGGAUAUAAUAGAAAAGCCCCAAAAAAGCUAACAAUUUAAUAUCUCUGACUUGAGCCAAUCUUCUGAUUCAUCUUUCAAUAAUCUUCUCUAUUGUAUCCUCAGUUAGGCUUGUGCCACCCUAGCUCCCAACACCCAUCUCUCUUCUCAACAGUGACCCUCAUUGGGGCAAUGCCAGUUUUGCUAAAUGCUGAUGCAUCCUUUAGCUCCAAGCAGGAGCUCUUGGACCUGCAGGAUUGCCCCCAAGGCUCAGUGGACAACACCCCAAGCCCUUUGGACUCUUGGACUGUGAGCCCCAUAGAGUCAGGCCCUGGAAGUCUCAGACGGGAUCAUGGCGGCAUUCGGCCAAAAAUUCUCACUGGCACAAGCACACUCCGGCGGGAGAUCCAAACUGUGGACGGUAUCAUCAGUGUGGAGACCUCCAUGGGCUCCAAAUUCACCUCAGAGGACUUGGAUCCGCAGUGUGGCUGGGGGGCCCUGACUCACAGGACCCUUCAGGUCUUCAACACCCCUCGAUGGCUGCUGUUCUUCCUGUGCACCGCUUCAUUCCUCCAGGGCAUGAUCAUCAACGGCUUCAUCAACACAGUGGUCACCUCCCUCGAGAGGCGCUUUGACCUGCGCAGCUACCAGGCCGGCCUGAUUGCUAGCUCCUACGACAUCGCUGCAUGCGUGUGCCUCGCAUUCGUCAGCUACUUUGGUGGGACUGGCCACAAGCCUCGCUGGCUGGGCUGGGGAGUGCUCGUGAUGGCUCUUGGAUCGCUUGUGUUUGCCUUACCCCACUUCACCACACCCCCCUACCAGGUCAGCUUGCCCGAGCACACGGGAAUGUGCUCUGCCAACCGUACCGGGCCGUGCCACAACAAGGAGAGUACUGGGCUCUCCAACUAUCGUUUUGUAUUUAUGUUGGGCCAGUUUCUCCACGGUAUGGGGGCCACGCCACUCUACACAUUAGGGGUCACAUACCUGGAUGAGAAUGUCAAGUCAAGCUAUGCUCCUGUUUAUAUAGGGAUCUUCUACACAGCAGCCAUUUUGGGACCAGCCGCAGGUUAUCUGCUGGGUGGCUUUUUUCUCAAAAUGUACACUGAGACCCACCUGACUACAGAGCUAACUCCAGAGAACCCUCUGUGGGUGGGGGCCUGGUGGAUUGGGUUCCUGGCAGGAGGAGCAGCAACUCUGAUCAUUGCCCUCCCUAUCCUGGGCUAUCCUCGACAACUACCAGGCUCUCAGAAGUUAGCAGCCAUGCGUGUGUCUGAAGCUCACCAGAUUAAAGACGGCAGCAACGCCACAGCCUCCGACCCACAGUUUGGUAAAUCAGUCAAGGACAUGCCCCGGUCUGUGCUGAUGCUCUUGAAGAACCCCCCCUUCCUGUUCCUGUGUCUGGCCGGCGCCACAGAGGCCACGCUCAUUGCUGGCAUGUCCACCUUCGGCCCCAAGUUCCUGGAGUCCCAGUUCAACCUCAGCGCCUCAGAGGCUGCCACAUGGUUCGGCAUCAUGGUGGUCCCGGCCGGCGGGGGGGGCACCUUCCUGGGGGGCUACAUCGUGAAGCGCCUCAACCUACGCUGCCGCGGUAUCAUCCGCUUCUGCAUGUUGUGUGCCCUGGUCAGCCUGCUGGCCAUCUUCAUCUUCCUCAUCCACUGCCCCAACGUGCCCAUGGCCGGGAUCACUGAGCCCUACCGCUCUGCUGUGCACCGCAGCCCCCAGUUCCAAUACCAGUACCCCACCAGUAACACCAGCAACCAGCCACUCACAAAUAGUUCUGACCUGGAGCCUGACAGCCUGCUCGCUGAAUGCAACUCAGGCUGCAGCUGUGCCCGGGAGCUGUACAACCCGGUGUGUGGGGGCGACGGCGUCAUGUAUUACUCUCCCUGCCACGCAGGCUGCAGCACCCUCCAUCACACCGACGCCACGACUGGGAGACAGGUGUACUCUGGAUGCAGUUGUGUGCUGAACACAACAGAGGAAGUGGGCAUGGCCCUGGCAGGGAAGUGCUCUGGCUCCUGUAACCACAUGCCGGCCUUCCUCUCGCUGUUCUUCAUCGUUAUCUCCUUCACUUUUCUCUGUAGCAUUCCAGCGCUUACUGCCACCUUGAGGUGUGUGCCGGACAGCCAGAGGUCUUUUGGAUUAGGAAUCCAGUGGAUCGUGGUGCGCACACUUGGUAGUGUCCCCGGGCCCAUAGCGUUUGGAUCGGUGAUCGACUUAUCCUGCCUGCUGUGGCAGGAUAAGUGUGGUGAGCAGGGCUCCUGCUACCUCUAUCAAAACUCUGCCAUGAGCCAAUACACCCUUGUAACUGGAAUCAUAUAUAAGGUGAUGGGGAUCAUAUUCUUCCUGUUGGCCAGCAUUCUUUACCAGCCCCCCCCAGAGUCCCCCCAGAGCAGCUGUGAGAGCACUGACCAGGGCGCUGGAGAUGUGGGGGACCUACCCAUCAAGGACCUUCCACAAGAUGGUGUCAUUGCCAACCCACAUGCUAGGUUUUGAUCCAAAGACUAUCCCAGACUGCUGCCUUUGUGUUGCACGCAUGGACAUUAUUUUGUUCAAGAUGGGUGUUGGAUGCUUGAUGUUUGAUGCACUGUGUGUGUGUGUGUGUGUGUGUGUGUGUGUGUGUGUGUGUGUGUGUGUGUGUGUGUGUGUGUGUGUGUGUGUGUGUGUGUGUGUGUGUGUGUGUGUGUGUGUGUGUGUGUGGCAAGCCUGUGGUAACGGUAGUGUCUCAUUAACAGAAUACAAAAAUGAACAACAUUGCAGCACAGCUUUGCAGACUGAAUAGCCUGUAGUGUCUCAUUAACAGAAUACAAAAAUGAACAACAUUGCAGCACAGCUUUGCAGACUGAAUAGCCUGUUGUGAGUCCUGCCUGUGUUUUCAGUGUACAUUAGGGCCUGUAUUUCCAUUAUUCUUUUUGGUAUGUAAUGUUGAAAUGGAUUCAGAACUGUUCAUUCUCAUUUAUCUUAUGCUGUAUUAGGAUGUGUCGUCUGAAAAGGCAACACAUCCACUGAGACCUGUGCAUUGUAGUCCUUCCAUGUUUGAAGCAUUUUGGAUGUUGGGCAGAAGUAAUGUAUAUCCUUUUCCUAGACACAGACAACAAUGGGCCUUCGGUUAUUUGAAAGGUUGACUGAAGGAAGUUGACUAGAUUGGUAUAAUAUCCUUAUUAUACACAUUAGGUAUGUCAUUAUAUCCAUGCCAAACCAAAACUUUGUAAAAACCUUUAUUAGGCUAUAAUAACUUUUCAACACCCAGCAGCACAAAUAUGGUCCGAUAACGCACAUAAAAGCACACAUUUUUUUCAUAGCCACUGUGAAACAUGAAAAGUGCGCAUCGUUUUCUGGCGUUUAAAAGCAAUUAAAAAAUUGGGGGACAUUUUAGUUUAGCUUGCUACCAACACAAGAUCAGUAUGUAUGAUUCUUUAGUAUGAAAAUAAAGUUGUUUAAUGAGGAAAUGCAUAUCUGCACUUUAACCUAGCAAAGUGAACUAUUACAGGAAGUAAGAUAUGUUUUAUAUAUUGGACUGGCCAAGGAUGACCCAGUUGUCACAGCUUGACAUGUACAAAGCAUCACUGUUAUUUGGACCUAUUAGUUAAAAAAAGUAGUAUCAUGGACCUCUCAAAUUGGAGGAUUUUUUCCUUCUUACCAACAAAUAGCAUUUUCCUUUAAUAUGCACUAACACAGUGGUCCGAUGCAUAGUGAUUUUGUCUCAUAGAUCCAGAGUCCUGAGAUUUAUACCUUGUACAGGCCUACUCCCCUAAAUUUCUAAUUAAUGAGGCUUGUGGCUGAGGUAGAUGGCAGAAGAAUGAUGAUCCAGCAUCUACUGAGAACAGCAGUCCUACUUUUUCCAUUAAAUCGUUCUCCCUGACAUCUGAAAAAACAAUUGUUAAAUGUGUUUUGAGUUAUUCCAAUUGUUUGUUUUUUAAACAAUGACAAAGUAACCAACUUUUUCAAAAUGUUUCUGAAAAAGAAAAAAAUUCUAUAAACAAAGUUGAACAAUA